CACCGCUUUUGUCAGCCACGUGUCACCGCGUUUUCCUCUCUGCUUCGACGGCGUUUACCAGUCUCUCUCUCCCCUUCUUGUUUGCCAGCAGGCUCAAAAGUUUCUCACUCGAUCUCUUUUCAACCAUUACGACUCUCUGUGGUCAGCUCCAAAAAUAUCACCCAAAUUCACAGCGCCUGAGCCGUCACUGUUUUUAUAAAGGUUGUUGUUUGGUUCUCGGGAAUUUAAUCUUUUGGAGAUUUAGAUGGAUUUAGGUCUCUAUGCAUCACAUACCUCGAUUUUUCACUCAUAGCAAGAGAGGCGGCCCUAUGGACCCUAAGAAUCGUAGAGGGCCGAGGCUGGAUCGCCGAAAUGCGGCGAAGCAUAUUGAGUACGAGGCGACGUCGUACUGCUCAUCUCUGGACGACUCUUCAUCGUCGUCUCUGGUUACUAGAUCUCUUGAUUUGCCAGAUCGGACUAGUUUUAGGAUUGAGGGAACGGAUGGUGAGUUUGACCGCAUUUGUCGGAGCCUGGGGUUGUCGGGUCCUGAAGAUUUCGCAAUUCCGGCGGCGGCUUGGGAAGCGAUGAAAGUCCGGUCGGCGUCGGAUCUUCUACCCCGGUCCAGAUUGCACGAGGCAGAUAGUCCCAGGAUAGGGGACGAGAAACAACAUCAUCAUCAGAUGCAGAAGCAGGAGGAGAGUGAAUUGUGUACUAGGGUUUUCGAUAGUGUUAGAAUUAGCGACGCUGCUGAGUUGACUCGGGAUGAGCCGGUUGAGUCGGCUAAGUUAAAUGCGUGUUGCGGUCCCUCAGGGGGAAUCAAAGGGGUUAGGCCGCCGUUGUUGAAGCCGCCGCCUUCAAUGACAUUACCAGUGAUCGAUAACGCUUGUUCGACUUGGGAUAUAUUAAGGGAUUUUGCGCCUGAAAACGAUAGAGGGUCCUUGGUACUGGCUAAUGGACACUUCAACUCUGAUGAUGUGGAAGAAGGACUAGGUGAACAAGGACUUAAUGCAGUUGCUAUUAAGAGGGAAGAGGAUGAUAAUUUGUUGAGGCCAGGGGUAAUUGCUGUUUUAUCGGGGUCAUAUUCGUUUACCACAUCCAAUGAUGAUGAUUCAUCGAGUACAACCACGGAGCCCAUGUCCAACAUUUCGCCGAAUGAGAGAUUUAGAAGGAUUAUUAAUUACUGGGAAAAAGGAGAGCUUCUUGGACGUGGGUCGUUCGGAUCGGUGUAUGAAGGAAUCUCUGACGAUGGAUUCUUUUUUGCUGUAAAAGAGGUUUCCUUGCUUGAUCAGGGAAGUCAAGGCAAGCAAAGUAUUUACCAACUUGAGCAGGAGAUUGCUCUUUUAAGUCAGUUUGAACAUGAAAACAUAGUUCAGUAUUACGGCACUGAUAAGGAUGAAUCAAAACUAUAUAUCUUUCUUGAGCUUGUAACUAAAGGCUCCCUCUUGAAUCUCUAUCAAAGAUACAAUCUUCGAGACUCACAAGUUUCUGCAUACACAAGACAGAUUUUGCAUGGUUUGAAAUAUCUUCAUGAUCGAAAUGUUGUUCAUAGGGAUAUCAAAUGUGCAAAUAUAUUGGUAGAUGCUAAUGGAUCAGUGAAGCUUGCAGAUUUUGGAUUAGCGAAGGCGACAAAAUUGAAUGAUGUUAAAUCUUGCAAGGGGACUGCAUUUUGGAUGGCACCUGAGGUUGUCAAUAGGAGAAAUCAGGGUUAUGGGCUUCCAGCUGAUAUAUGGAGUCUUGGAUGCACUGUUUUGGAGAUGUUAACCCGUCAGAUUCCGUAUUCUCAUUUGGAAUGUAUGCAGGCAUUAUUUAGGAUUGGCAGGGGUGAGCCACCACGUGUUCCUGAUUCUCUUUCACAAGAUGCACAAGAUUUUAUUUUGCAAUGCCUACGAGUCAAUCCCAAUGAUCGUCCUACUGCUGCUCAGCUCUUAGAUCAUUCAUUUGUAAGACGGUCACUUUCCACAUCAUCGUCAGGUUCUGCGUCACCUUACAUUGGCCGAAAGUUUUAGAAGCUUUUGCUCAGCAACAACUCUGACAGUUAGUUCUGUCCAUGGCAAAGCGUGCAGGACCUGUUUAUGAUGUUUGCAUAGACGUGGAGCAACUUGUUCUUGAACACAGUUUGGCAGCCAUUAAUUUUUUGUUGCAUAAACUCAAAGUCUGCGAGCUUGGUAUAAAUUAAUGAAGAUUCAAAUUUGAAAUGAUGUGCAGGAUCUGGCCUUGGAUCUUUACCUUCAUGACAUCAGAGUGGUAACUUGAUCCAUGCGUCCUGCACUGAGAAUUUCUGCAUUAUAGAUCUGACGGUUAAUAUGUAGGUAGUUGUCUGCUGUGGAAAGAUAAUCUCCUGAUACCGCGUUGUUCAAAAUUGCUAGUCUUUGCCUUUGAUUAUUAUUUUUUGAAUGUGGGAAGAUUUGUGGGAGCAAGGUGUGAGAUCAAGUGUUGUAAGAAGUAGGGAACAGACGCCAUUGUGUAUAUAUCCCAUUAUUGUAGUAAAUGUCAGUAAGGUUUUAGUUAUGUACUACUAACAGCUUUUGUAAAAUGUAUUCUACAUGAAUAUAUUGAUUCUAAAUUAUUUCUUUGCCGUGGAA